AUUUUUCUUCCGCUUUCAUUUACUAUGUUGAUAGGAUUGAGACUUCUAUUUAUUCGGACAUCAACAAAAAAUAUUGUAUAUGGAUUUUUCUUAGUUUUUUUUUUUCUCAAGUAUAGCUAUGAUAUUUUCAGUUAAUUUAUCAAUUCAAGAAAUAAAAUUCAUUUUACGUUGGACUAGACUAGACUAGACUCAACUUAUCAAAUAACUUAAACUGGACAGCUCUAAGUGAACCCUUUGAAACGCCAGCAACGCUUGCCGACGACUACGAGAGAUUCUCGUAGCGAAAAAAGUUUCUCAAGCAUCCGGAGACACGAUAAUUAUUUUUUUUUAUUUUUAUUUUCAAGACAGAUUAUCUUACAAGAAAUGGGGGAAAAAUAAGCUCCCAGCUUUUUUUUUCCUUUUAACCACUGCCCCGAGUACAACUCGGAGGGCUGUCUAUCACAGAGACACGGGGGCGAGAGCAAGUCGGAGCUCUAAACAAUGACCAGCUUCGCGUCCCCGUCGCAUCCCGUAAGCCUCGCCUUCACACCGUCUUCCAAUAAUCAUUCUCUGCUCUCUUCUCCUCCUCCCAAUUCGAUCGCCUCCCGAAAGCCCCAAUUCUACAUACCAGGACGGCUCCGACCCAGCAUCCGUCAACACCGAUCGCCGUGCCUCGCUGCAUCCGCCGCCGAAAACGGCCCGGAGGAGGAGGAAGAGGAGGCGCCGGUCCAGGAACUCAAGGUUCCCGUCGCUUGGCUGACCCCUUCGAUUGCCCUACAGGAAUCGGAGUGGCUCCGAGCCGCUUUGCACAGGUGGUUGGACGACGAAUACUGCCCCGAAGAGACCAAUGUAGACAUCAGCAAGGUCGCGGCGAGAUCGUACCUGGAAUCGCUGAUGGAGCGGCGGUCGGAGCUGGGCGAGAUAUUGCUCAAGAUGGCGAAAGACUUGGAGAGCCAAGUUUCGUUCCGAGAGAGCUUCCAUGGGGCGUUCUCAUCGGCCAAUGCGGCCAUCCAUUUGAUCACUUUGAGGAUCGACUCCAUGGCCGAUUGACCCCCGAAACAGAUGAGUCUUCUUCAGGAAUAAUAAUAAUAGCAAAUUUACUGAAAAAGAAUACACGAUUAGCAAUGGACAAUGUGACGAUACAAGUUCACGUAUGACUUGAGAGUUUAAAAUCACGAUU